AUGGCACAAAAACCUAGGGAUUCAUCUCCUUCUCAAUCUGACAACGAAGAUGAUGAAGAAUCCGCAUCUCCACAUGUGUCUCCAAGAGGUAAUACUCCACCUCGAUCUCCUUCCCCAACUCAAGAAGUCAACAUUCAAACUCCACCUCCAUCACCAAAACAAUCCCCUCCUAAACCAGAAGAUGUUAAAAUUCCAACUCCACCCCCUUCACCAAAACAAACAACCCCAAAACUAACACCACUGAAACAACCAACUCCAACACCGACACCGAAAGUUCCAGUUUUGGUUGUUCCUAUUUCUACAACCGAAACUUCUCUACCACCUCCACCAGUAUCUUUUGUUUCUAUUUCCACAACAUCUUUAUCUACACCAAUCAUUACCCCAGUCACAACCACUAUAAUCCCUGAACAAAUAGCAAGGGUCAACGUAUCUAAUACGGGGGCACCUAUUGUAUCCGACACCCCUGUCAUCACUAUACCUCCCUCGCCAACCAAAUCAAUUGGUUCCGGUGCUACUCUUGUAGUUUGCAAGAAAGCUUAUGCUGAUGUUACUGAAGUUAUUCGUACAACUCAGAUCUUUUUAGAUUCUUUGAAAGGGCAUGCGGAUACGAAUGUAACUAACAUUCGUGAAUCGGUUGCGUCUUUAUCUCAGUAUUUAAAGGAAGAACAAAUGAAGUUUGAAGAAGUUCGUUCCUCAAUGAAAGCUGAUAAUGCCUCUCUCAUUAGUUCGUUUUCCUCCAAACUGGACACUCUGCAUGCAGAUAUUGCCAAAGAGGGUACUCUAAAAGAAUAA